ACCGGGUAGAUCGUGCUGAAUUCCAGAGACGGCCGCCUCCGCGGUUGCGGGCCUCGACAGCUGAUUUUGUCUGCCGGGACACGUUCGCGCAGUCCCACGACCCGUGCUCAUCGGUGUUCUUUGCCAAUAUGAUCCAUGUGUUGAGUCUGUUGAGUCUGGCUUAUGCUGCUGCAGCAGUGCGGGAGGACAUCGGGCUGCUCCGUGAGCACUCGAGUUUGAUGGAGGUCGAGGCCGAAGCCGACGAGGAGAUGGAGAUGAAGAUGGUGCCUGCCAAGAUCAGCAAGGCGAUCCGCCGGUCGAUGCGGCUCACCGCCGAGGCGUCCAAGGUGGCGGAAGAGAAGAAGGAGAAGGCCGCCGAGGUCGCCGAGCACGCGGCCAAGAAAGCCUCCGAGGCGGAUGCAGAGCUAGAGAAGGCCAACCGAAUGAAAGAUGAGUUGGAAAUCGGAGCGACCAAGUUGGAACAGGUCAAGCAGGAGGCACAGGCGAAGUUGGAGUCCGGCAAAGAGGCGCAAGCAGCCUGGAAGAAAGAGAAGGAUGCCUUGAAGACCCUGGAAACGGAGUAUACCGCAGAGAACCAGAAAUAUGACAAGCUCUGCAAAGAGAUCGAAGAAGAGAUCAAACAGAGGCUGCUGGGAAAACAGAAGGCCAAGUUGGCGUUGGCAGAGAUGAACAAAAAGAAGAAGACCCAGACUGAGAAGGUCGAGAAGCUGGCGGCGGAGACCGCCGCGGCGGGCGGCAUCGCGCGUGAAGCGCAGGAGGCGGCGGAGAAGGCCGAUGCGCAGUUCCAGGAGGCGACGAAGAAAUGCGACGCUCAAAAAGCGCAAGCGGAGAAGGCCGCCUCGGUGGCGGCGACCGCCCGGGUGGCGGAGACCUUGGCCAAGGAGGAGGUCACCGAAGCGGACGAGGAAGUGAUGGCCAAGAAAGUCAUGAAGCAGCAGAUCGUGGAGCUGCGGAACAGCGUCCAAGAGUACUACGAGUUCACCGACGCCAUGACCCGUUCCAUGGAGGAAGCACUGGCGAAGCUCGAGGAGAAGAGUGAGGAGGAGAAGGUCGAACCGUGGGAGCUCAUGCGCAAGGAUGUUCACGUGAAGAGCAGCAUGGUCAAGUACAAUGUCAUGGUGGGCCAGUUCCGCAGGCUCUUCUUCGAAAACUUCGACAUCUACAGCAUGGUGGUGUCCAGUACCAAGGAGAUCCACGACAAUGCCCAAGCGGCCUGGCUCUUGCAGUGUGAUCCCAAUGAGGUGCUGGAGAUCGAGGCUCGAAAGACUGGAAGCUUGGCCAAGCUGGAUGAACACUGCGGCCGUGGCCUAUGGAAGCACUUCGAGGUCGAAAGGCAGAACUUCCCCAGCAAGGAGGAGGUGGGCGGUGCGGAGAAGGCUGCCCAGGAAAUGGCUGCACAGACAGCAGCCUCCAACACCCCGGAGACGAGUUCCGAGGAGUCGACGGUGCCCAAGACGGAGCCCGAGACGGAGCCCAACCCCGAGACUCAGCCGACGGAGCCCAACCCGCAGACGGAGCCCAACCCCGAGACGGAGCUCACCGGGAACGAGAACUCGAACACUGAGCAAACCGAGACAGAGUCCAACGAGGAUUCUGAGCCCAAAGAGACUGGCACCAACGAGGAUUCCGAGCCCAAAGAGACUCCCACCAACGAGGAGACUGCCACCAAUGAGAACGCUGAGCCCACGGACAUGAAUGAGGACGACAUCUCCAACGCGGAGCCCGCAGAUGAGACCUCGAACGAUCCGGCGCUGAUUCAGGUGCGAGAUCUGGAUUUGUUGCGGGAGAUCCGGAAGCAUCGAGCAGCAGAGCGCCGAGCACGCUGAGGAGACAGACCGGGCGCUUCACUGGCGCAUAAGAAAAGCGCCGUGUGCAGCCGCAA